AUGGCGACUAGUGAUCAGAUCAAGAAUGCGCUGCUGACUGAGCACUUCCGAUAUACACCCUUGACCCUCCUCGACGACAUCAUCAACACGGUCAACGAGCUUGUCUAUCAAGCAGUCAGCGAAAUCGAGACGGCGCUUCUCAAUGUACCGAAAGAGCAACUAGGCUUCCCUGCAAACGCGCCUGCGCAACAAGACGGAGCCGAGGACAACAAUGGAGAAGACGCGUCGGAAGCUGCUGCAAGGAUCGAGAUUGAGGCUGGCAUUGUCAAGCUCGAGAGUUUGUUGAACUCGACCAUUGAUAAGAACUUUGACAAGCUCGAAAUCUACACGUUGCGCAAUCUCUUGACCGUCUCCAACGCAAAGGAGGAUGAAGGCCUAGAGAACUGGAUAGUCCUGGAUCACUACAAGAACAUACAGCCACCAAGUGCAGACGGCAACGCGCCCACACCAGAAUCAGUCAAUCGCCUGCGACGCAAAGUACAAGAGACGGAGAAACUACAAUCGGCCUUGAAAGCAGAGGCUGCUCAAAACGAAGCCUUGCUCGCCCAACUACGACCGCUCAUGUCAGCUGCGCCAGCUGCGCAAUCUUCUCUCAAGCCCGACCAAGACACGACGCAACAAACGCAAAACUCGUCCUUCUCUUUCCUCACAAACGCUCCGUCAGCAUCAGCUCUGGGCGUCGGUUCAGAAAGACACGCCAAUUCGCUUGCGCAAAACACGAGUUUCGUAUACUCCCAAAUUCCAGCCCUCCGAGACAUUGUCGCUGCCUUGCGCACACACCUUGUGACACUGCCCGUCAAGAACAUGGCAGCUACUGUCGACCAGUCUACCGAAGCAAGACACGCAUACAUCGAAAGUCAGACUCGUCGCGCUCUGGACAGAACUGGUGUGGAUGCUUCAGUAACACCAGACACCGAGUCCUUGGGAAGACGCAUGGGCGGAGACGAGACGAGAGCUUUGGAAGGUAUUGUCGCUGCUAUGGCUGCACAGAAUCAAGCUUCGGACAAAAUGGAGGAAUAG